CAAAAGCUCAUCCACUUGAAAAUUCCAAAUCUCUUUCACUUGCACAUAUACACGUUAUAACAAGUUUUGAGGCCCAUCUCACUUUGUCUCUAUUCUACCACGUAUUUAUCAACUCUUGCUACUCUUCAUUUCUUUCUGUUUCUAUUCCUCACUAGGAGCUCCUCUCCACUGGUUCCUCUGCAUGCACAUAAUUGCAUAGUUUUAGAAACCAAGAAUUGCUGAAGGCUAGAAUCAAGAAGAAGCUUUGAAAAUGGAGAUAACCAAUGUCACUGAGUAUGAGGCUAUUGCAAAGCAGAAAUUGCCAAAGAUGGUGUUUGACUACUACGCAUCUGGUGCAGAGGACCAGUGGACUCUGCAAGAAAACAGAAAUGCCUUUUCCAGAAUUUUGUUUCGGCCACGGAUUCUCAUUGAUGUGAGCAAGAUAGACAUGGCAACCACUGUCCUGGGCUUCAAAAUAUCCAUGCCAAUCAUGAUUGCCCCAACAGCCAUGCAGAAAAUGGCUCAUCCCGAGGGAGAAUAUGCAACAGCAAGAGCUGCAUCUGCAGCGGGAACAAUCAUGACUUUGUCCUCAUGGGCUACUUCAAGUGUUGAAGAGGUGGCUUCAACAGGACCAGGCAUUCGCUUUUUCCAGCUAUAUGUGUACAAGGACAGGCAUGUUGUUGCUCAGCUUGUGAGAAGAGCUGAAAGGGCUGGAUUCAAAGCUAUUGCCCUUACUGUUGAUACCCCAAGACUUGGACGCAGAGAAGCUGAUAUUAAGAACAGAUUCACACUGCCACCAUUUUUGACAUUGAAGAACUUUGAAGGAUUGGACCUUGGAAAGAUGGACAAAGCUGAUGACUCUGGACUUGCUUCAUAUGUAGCUGGUCAAAUUGAUCGUACUCUAAGCUGGAAGGAUGUGAAGUGGCUUCAGUCAAUCACCAAGAUGCCAAUUCUGGUGAAGGGUGUACUGACUGCUGAGGAUGCAAGGAUAGCAGUACAAGUUGGUGCAGCUGGAAUUAUAGUGUCCAAUCAUGGAGCUCGACAACUUGAUUAUGUGCCAGCCACUAUAUCAGCCUUAGAAGAGGUUGUGAAAGCUGCUGAAGGUCGUAUUCCUGUAUUUUUGGAUGGUGGUGUACGCCGUGGAACUGAUGUCUUCAAGGCAUUGGCACUAGGUGCCUCUGGCAUAUUUAUUGGACGCCCUGUGGUGUAUUCCUUGGCUGCUGAAGGAGAAACUGGUGUAAGAAAAGUGCUGCAAAUGCUACGUGAUGAGUUUGAACUAACCAUGGCCUUAAGUGGUUGCCGCUCACUCAAGGAAAUUACUCGUGAUCACAUUGUCACUGAUUGGGACCACCCUCGCACUCACCCACGUGCAUUGCCAAGAUUAUGAGUAUAAUGUGGUGCACAACGCUUCUAUAUAUGUUUCAUGAACAUCUUCUCAUCCCUUCUUUUCCUUUUUGGGUGAACUCAUUUAAGCUUAUAUUUGGAAAACUGCAUGCUUUCUUUGUAAGCAUUAUAUGAUGAUGAUACUUGUGUGGCUACUACUGCUGCUGCAU